AUGAACAUCGGUGCUCUUUUAACUUCUGCUGGAAUUAAUAUUGCUCUCUGUGUGGUGCUCUUUUCAUUUUAUUCCGUAUUAAGAAAACAACCCAGCAAUGUUAACGUUUACUUUGGAAGGAGAGUAGCCUCUCAGCAUUCAAGACGCAUCGAUCUCUGCUUGGAAAGAUUUGUUCCUUCCCCUAGUUGGAUAUUGAAAGCAUGGGAAACGUCUGAGGAUGAGAUACUAGCUAUUGGUGGCUUGGAUGCUGUGGUUUUUAUUAGGAUGGUUGUGUUCAGUAUUCGAGUGUUUUCCAUUGCUGCUGUCAUCUGCAUUGCUCUAGUACUUCCUAUAAAUUAUCAUGGUAUGGGCGAACUGCAUAAGAACAUACCUUUUGAGUCUCUGGAAGUAUUUACCAUUGAGAAUGUCAAAGAAGGUUCAACGUGGCUUUGGGCUCAUUGUCUUGCACUAUACAUCAUAACAUUCUCGGCUUGUACUCUUCUAUACUUCGAUGAUGCUGAACAUAUGUGUAAGGUAGUUGUUUCACUGGAAAAGACUUGUAAGUCAAGUUUUAGGCCUUGUUGUUCUGGAGCACUAACAAAUUCUUUUAAGAAGAUUUCUACUGAAAUGAAUAGUGUUAAUGGUAGAACGGGCAACACUGAUAUGCAUCUAGAUCCAGCAAAAAAGGAAUGUCCCGCUGCUUUUGUGUUCUUUAAAAGUCGGUAUGCUGCUCUUAUGGCUGCAAAGGUACUGCAGACACCAAAUCCUAUGUUAUGGGUGACAGAUGUAGCUCCCGAACCACAUGAUGUUUAUUGGUCCAAUAUUUGCAUACCUUAUAGGCAACUUUGGAUUCGUAAGAUAGCUACACUUGUAGCCUCUAUUGCCUUCAUGCUUGUGUUCCUUAUUCCUGUUACAUUUGUACAAGGCUUGACUCAACUAGACAAAGUACAGAAAAUGUUCCCUUUUCUAAGAGGGAUACUUGAAGAGAAAGUUGUGAAUCAGGUGGUGACUGGUUACCUACCAAGCGUGAUAUUGGUUUUAUUUUUGUGCGCAGUUCCACCUGUGAUGAUGCUAUUUUCUUCUGUGGAGGGUUCUAUUUCUCGUAGUGAAAGGAAGAAGAGUGCAUGUUGUAAAGUAAUAUACUUCACAAUUUGGAACGUGUUUUUUGUUAAUGUAUUUACUGGUUCUGUUAUCAGUCAACUCUCAGUUUUUUCUAGCGUAACAGAUCUGCCCGCCCAACUUGCCAAGGCAGUGCCAGCGCAGGCUACUUUCUUCACAACUUACGUUUUAUCCUCUGGUUGGGCGAGUUUGGCAUAUGAAGUUAUGCAAAUUUUUCCUCUUCUAUGCAAUAUUUUCCAGAGACUCAUCCUCAGACUUAAGGAAGAUGCACUGGAUGGCACCCUAUCUUUUCCGUAUCAUACAGAAGUUCCAAGAGUAUUACUGUUUGGAUUCCUCGGCUUCACUUGUUCUAUUCUGGCACCCCUGAUGUUACCCUUCUUGUUGUUCUACUUUUUCCUUGCUUACCUUGUUUACCGAAACCAGAUUAUUAACGUGUACAUUACAAAAUACGAUAGUGGGGGACAGUUCUGGCCUAUUGCUCACAACACUACGGUGUUUUCGUUGUUAUUUUCUCAACUUAUCGCGCUGGGGGUGUUUGGACUUAAAAGGUCAUCGGUUGCAUCUGGAUUCACCAUUCCGUUGUUGAUUGGUACGCUUCUAUUUCACCAGUAUUGUAGGCAACGGUUUCUCCCUAUAUUCAGGAGCAAUUCAGCACAGGUUAUUAUUGAUAUGGAUCUAAGGGAUGAGCACUGUGGGAGGAUGGACGAGAUUUAUGAACAUUUGCCUGUAGCCUACACCCAACCCAGUUUAAUGCAGCAUGCCUCAAGCCAACCCGAAUGCGUCAAACGUCACGAGGACAUGGACAGAGGUCAAUCUUCAUCACAAGAUAUGGAGAAAGGCAAUGAAAUUAUUAAAAAGGAUAGACAACGCCCUGUUCAACGCUCGUUGAGUUUGAAUUCGGAUAAAGCUGUACUUGGUGUAAAUCUAUGA